AUCUUGUAUUUUUUUACGGUUUCUGAACGACACGGCACCACUUGACAUAGCGUCUUACGUCGCCAAGGUUAAGUUUGUUUUAGUAUUGUGUUUACAAACUUUAGAAAGCAUUCUACGUUUUUAAUUAUUCGUGUCGCGUUUUAGUGUUUUUAAAUAAUGAGAACGAGUCAUUUGCAAUACUUGAUGAUGGAGUUUAUGGAAGUGUAAGUUUAAAAGUUUUUAAUUUGCAAUACUAAGUGUGUGGAUCUUACUGAUCAAAUGCCAAUGGAAAUCGCAAUUUCUGUUCCAGAAAUGGAGAUUUAUCCAAACCUUCUGGUGGUCCACGAGGUCGGCAUUUUAUUCAAAUGAAGUGGAAAGAACUAACUAAUAAAUUAAAUAGUGAUGGCACAGGAGACCCUAGAUCCGAAGAGAAAUGGCGCAAGGUAUGGAGUGACUAUAAAAAUAACACUAAAAAGAAGUGUGCCAAAAUGAAUAGGGGCGCUAGUGGCACUGGUGGUGGGCCAGCACUUCAAUUAUCAUUGACUGACCUUGAAAAUAGGGUCAUGCAGAUAAUUGGAGUGCAAGCAGCAACGGGUAUGGUGAUAGAAGAAGCUGGGUUUCAGCGGGGUGUAGCGACUGAGGUUGAUACUCCAUCAAUUCAACCUGAUAAAUCAGUACCUGAAGUCUCUUCAGAAUUUUAUAUAGAAGGUAUAUUAUCUCAUUUUUAUAAAUUACCUUAUUGGAUUACUCCUGGUACCAGCAAGGAACCCACUGUUGCACCUCCAUCUAUGUUGUCACCACCAGCACCUACUGAGGCCCAUCCUACAUCACCUCCAAAUGCUCCUGUGGAAGAGGAGUGGAAGCCUCCACCACAAAAAAAAUUUAAAAACAACAACGAAGUAAUUAAAAUGUUAAUUAAAGGAGAUAUGCAAUCUAGGGAGUAUGCUAAGGAGCGUGAUAGGGUAUAUGAGGAGACAGAAAAGGAAAGAUUAAGAUUAAAGAAUGAACAUCCAUCCACUGACCAACUGCUGUUUGUUAUUGUUACAACAAAUAUGAUUCAUGGUCCAUGUGGUACUCUUAAUAGUUCAUCGCCUUGCAUGGCUGAUGGAAAAUGUACUAAAAAUUACCCUAAAGAUUUUACCAAUGAUACGGUCACAAAUGUCGACGGAUACUCAAUAUAUCGUCGAAGAAAUCCUGAAAAUGGCGGACAGUCAUUUAUUAAAAAUAUCAUCAACACAGAUAUUGAUAUUGACAAUCGUUGGGUGGCGCCAUAUUCGCCUCUGCUGAGCAAGACAUAUAAUGCUCAUAUUAAUAUUGAGUUCUGCAGUUCUGUGAAGAGCAUCAAAUACAUUUGCAAGUAUGUCCAUAAAGGCAGUGAUAUGGCUGUGUUUAGAAUGGAAAAUACUAAUGUGAAUGCUCCUCCAGUGAAUAAAAACGAUGAAAUAACGCUCUACCAAAUUAGUCGGUACAUCAGCUCCAAUGAAGCUGCUUGGCGUAUCUUUGGUUUUCCAAUUCAUCAUACAUCUUCAUCCAGCGAUGCGGAUCCGCAAACGUAUCAAUUUCUAUUGUUUAGUUUUGACUUGCCGCCAUUUUCGAAUCGCCGAUUAAAUAAAACGAGUAAAUAAACAAUAUAUU